AUGUUUCUUGAUACUUUGAAGCAGGUGAAAAUUAAUAUUCCAUUGGUUGACAUCUUACAAGAAGUACCCAAAUAUGCAAAGUACAUCAAGGACAUUGUGGCAAAUAAAAGAAGGCUGACCGAGUUUGAAACUGUGGCACUCACUGAGGAGUGCAGUUCAAGAAUUCAGGGUGAGUUACCUCAGAAAUUGAAGGAUCCAGGUAGUUUCACUAUCCAAAUCUCGAUUGGUAAAUAUGUUGUUGGGCGAACUUUAUGUGAUCUUGGAGCGAGCAUCAAUUUGAUGUUGCUAUCUGUGUUCAGACAGUUGGGGUUGGGUGAGCCAUGCCCAAUAACAGUUAUCUUACAGUUAGUUGAUCGCUCCCUUGCUCAUCCUGAGGGAGUGAUUGAAGAUGUGUUAGUUCAAGUGGGUUCUUUCAUAUUCCCAGCUGAUUUCAUUAUCUUUGAUUACGAGCCUGAUCAGGAAGUGCCAUUUAUUUUGGGGCAUCCAUUCUUAGCCACGGGCCGAGCUAUUAUUGAUGUUUGCAAAGGAAAGAUGACGAUGAGAGUAGGUGAUCGAGUGGAGGUGUUCAAUGUUUAUAAAGCACUCAGGUUCCCAGCCCACUAUGAAGAGUUAUCCAUGAUCUCUAUGGUGGAGAGUGAUGCCACAUCGUUAGUGCCCUAUAUGAGCCCUGUAGAUCCUGUUGAACUAGUAUUGAUUGAGGAUGGAGAAAAUAGUGAAGAUGAAAUGAUGGGAGAAGUUGAGAAAGUACUGGAUAUGCCCUGCAGUUUUGUCCAGGGGUUUAGAAAAUUUGAAGAGUUGGACAGGCCUGUCACUCUGACCCCUCCUAAGUCAUCUAUUGAAGAAGCUCCGAAGCUAGAACUUAUGCCACUUCCAGCGCAUCUGCGCUAUGCUUAUUUGGGAAACUCUGAGACAUUGCCCGUGAUUAUUUCGUCCACUUGA